AGAUCGCCACACGUAUACCAGGCCACGUAUCUUAGUCGAACACCUGCACACACCACAUACACCUGUUUGUUCUUUGCUGUGUGGCGAGACUUCGCUUGUGCUUAUAAACCCUUGUGUGAUAGUAGUCUAUGCCUUUCUUCUCUCAGCAUUUUCCCAGCACAUCCCUUGAACCAUGAGUGGCGAGCAGAAGGUGGUGAUGGUGACUGGGGCCACGGGUCUGGUGGGUAACGCUGUGCAGAUUGUGGCCAAGAAGGAACAGCGCCCCGAGGAAACAUGGGUGUUCCUCAGCUCCAAGGAUGGCAACCUCAGGAACAUAGAGGAGGCGCGGGCGAUCUUCAAGAAGCACCGUCCCACGCAUGUCAUCAACCUGGCGGCGAAAGUCGGGGGUCUGUUCAGCAACAUGAAGUACGGGUGUGACUUUCUGCGCAUCAACAUGCAGAUUAACCAGAACGUGCUGCAAGUAAGCCAGGAGGCUGGUGUGAAAAUCAUCUCCUGCAUGUCCACCUGCAUCUUCCCGGACAAGACCACCUACCCCAUUGACGAGACCAUGGUGCACAACGGGCCACCACACCCGUCCAACUACGGCUACAGCAUGGCCAAGAGGAUGAUCGACGUGAUGAACCGCACCUACCACGACCAGUACGGCUGCAUGUUCACUAGCGCCAUUCCCACCAACGUGUACGGCCCUUAUGACAACUACAACCUCGAGGACGGGCACGUGCUGACUGGCCUCAUUCACAAGAUCUACUUGGCCAAGAAGAACAACACCCCCUUCACAAUCUGGGGCACUGGGAAACCCCGUCGCCAGUUCAUCUAUUCCCUUGAUCUGGCCCGCCUUCUCAUCUGGGCCAUCAGAGAGUACAAUGAUGUGAACCCCAUCCUGCUGUGUGUCGAUGAGGAAGACGAGGUAUCCAUCAAGGAGCUGUCGGAGAUUGUGAUGGAGGAGAUGGGUUUUAAGGGUUCAGUGACACAUGAUACCUCCAAGGCUGACGGCCAGUUCAAAAAGACCGCUAGUAAUGCCAAACUGCGCUCCUACCUGCCAGACUUCAAAUUCACCCCCAUCAGGCAGGGCGUCCGUGAGACUGUGGAGUGGCUCACUGCCAACUACGAGACCGCACGGAAGUAAUGGUCGGUUGAAUUGCUCGUUUUGGUGGUUGUAGCGUUCAGGGGUGUUGUUAAGUGCUGGUUAUGUAUUUCUAAUUAGUGACAAUGUAGUGGUUUGUCUUCGACUAUUACACCGCUUGGAAGUAAUAGUGGGUUGAAUUGCUUGCUUUGGUGGUUGUAGUAAUCAGAGGAGUGUUGUUAAAUGCUCGUUAUCUAUUUAUUUAGUGACGAUGUUUGUAGUGGUUUGCCUCCGACUAUGAGACAACAUGGAAGUGUAAUGGUGGGUUGAAUUGGUUGUAUUGUUGUAAUGAUCAAGAAUGUUGUUAAUGGUGAUUUUUAGUUGUAUUUAGUAAUGCUUAGUUUAUGUAGUUGUUUGUUUGUAUGGAACUGUUAUUAUAUCUGGUGAUGUGUAAGGUUUGCAGAUUGUCAAGGUCGUGAAGAGAAACCUGAUGUGUAUAAAAAACGUAAUAAAUUGAUAAGGAAAGAGGAAUAAUACUGUACUGCGCAUAUUCCAGCAACUAACUGCCACCCACUGCUAAUCCAUUACAAUUUUAUGUUUAAACAAAACAAGGAGAAAAAGAAAGAAAAAUAGAUAAGUUAAGGAAUGAAAAGGUGCUUUGAUUUUCUAUUUAUUUGUCUCUCCACUUCUUAGCAAUACCAGACACCCACAAGCUGAACAAAUCAUAGCAUGUUUAUAUGCCACCCAAAAAAAAGUCAUGAGGAAAACUCUGGCCAGGAUUAUAAAGAAAUAAAAGAUCUAUGUGUA